AUGGGUAAAGCUCCAGCUUCUAGACAAAAACAACGUCACGAUCCUUUAUAUAAAGAUCUUACCACUCAAGGUGGUAAUUUAAGAACCAAAGCUAGAGGUGCAAAGAAAACUGAUAGAGAAGAUGAAGGUGAAGAAUUUAUUGAUAGUACAAGUUCAAGAAAAAUUUUACAAUUAGCCAGAGAACAACAAGAUGAAUUAGAAAAAGAAGAAAAUAAAGCUGCAAGAGAUCAAGAUAAUUUCACUUUUGGUUCAAGAUUUGUACAGGAACAAGAUGAAGAUGAAGAAGAUGAUGAAGAAGAUUAUGGUAAUGUUUCCGAUUUCGGUUCUGAAGGUGAUUUCGAAGAAGAAGAAGUUGAAGAAAUCGAUGCUGAAGAUGCUGCUAUGUUUGAAGAAUAUUUGAGACAAUCCCAACCUUCAAAAAACUUUGGUCAAGAUGGUAGUUAUAAUUUAGCUGAUAAAAUCAUGGCUUCAAUUAGAGAAAAAGAACAAGAACAAAAACAAAAAGAACAAGCCGUUGAAAAACCAAAAGAUGCAGUUUUAUUACCACCAAAAGUUAUUGCUGCAUAUACUCAAAUUGGUCAAGUUCUUUCAACUUGGACCCAUGGUAAAUUACCAAAACUUUUUAAAGUUAUUCCAUCGUUAAAUAACUGGCAAGAUGUUUUAUAUGUUACACAACCUGAAAAUUGGACACCACAUGUUGUUUAUGAAGCUACUAAAUUAUUUGUGUCUAAUUUACAAUCUAAGCAAGCUGAAAAAUUCGUUGAAAAUGUUCUUUUAGAAAGAUUUAGAUCAGAUAUUGAAACUAAUGAAGACCAUUCAUUAAAUUAUCAUGUUUAUCGUGCAUUGAAAAAGGCCUUAUAUAAACCAGGUGCUUUCUUCAAGGGAUUUUUGUUUCCUUUAGUUCAAGAAGGUGUUUCCGUUAGAGAAGCUACUAUUGCUGGUUCAGUUUUAUCAAAAAUUUCAAUUCCAUCAUCACAUUCAUCAGCUGCUUUAUGUUAUUUAGUAAGUCUUGAUUUCUCACCUGCAAAUACAGUUUUCAUUAGAAUUCUUAUAGAGAAGAAAUAUGCCUUACCAUAUAGAGUCAUUGAUGAUCUAGUGUUUUAUUUCAUGAGAUUUAGAAUUGUUAAUGAUAAUAGUAUGAUUGAUGAUGAAGAAGAAAAGAAAUCUAAAAAGGAAGCACCCUUGUUACCAGUCGUAUGGCAUAAGGCCUUUUUAGCUUUUGCUCAAACCUAUAAAAAUGAUAUUACUGAAGAUCAAAGAGAUUUCUUAUUAGAAACUACUAGACAAAGACCUCAUAGAGACAUAAGUCCAGAAAUCAGAAGAGAAUUAUUAGCUGGUUCGGGUCGUACUGAAGAAAACCAAAAAGAAGAAGUUAUGGCUGAUGUCUUCUAA